AUGUUGCGGAGUAUGCCUGUGGUUCUUUUCAGAUCUGUUGUGGUUUGGGGAGGAGGAACUAUGGGUAGUGGGAUUGCGCAGAUUUCUGCUCAAGCUGGUAUUCCUGCAACUAUUGUGGAUGUUUCACAGGAGAGAUUAGAUGAUUCUCGAAAAUCUAUUGAAUCGUCAUUAACGCGAUUGGGUAGGAAACGAUCUCCUGAUGAUCGUAACAAAAUAAAGGUUUUUGUCGAUGAAACUAUUUCACAGAUUACCUUCACCACGGAUGAACGGUUGGCGGCGUCGAACGGAAGUCUUAUAAUUGAGGCAAUUACUGAGUCAAUUGAUGUGAAGAAGUCAUUGUGGAAAAAGGUUGAUGGUAUGGCUCCAAAAGAGUGUAUCUUCUGUACAAAUACAUCCUCUCUAAGUGUGAUGGAUCAGGCUGCUGUAACAGGAAGGCCCGAUCGUUUUGCGGGGCUUCACUUCUUCUCCCCAGUGCCAAUGAUGAAACUUGUUGAAGUAAUCAAGACUGAGAAAACUUCACAGGCAACAGUGGAUAAAGUACUUGAGUACGCAAGAAAGCUUGGGAAACAACCUGUUAUGGCUUUGGACACAAAAGGGUUUAUUGUCAAUCGCCUUCUCGUGCCGUACCAGCUGGAAGCUUGCCGACUUGUAGAACGAGGCGUCGCCAGCGUUGAAGACGUUGACCUGGCAAUGAAACUGGGGUGUGGUCAUCCGAUGGGGCCAUUUACGCUAGCCGAUAGCGUUGGGAUCGAUGUGUUGAAACACAUUACCGACGCUUGGCAUAAGGAAGAGCCACAGAAUCCCUUAUAUUUCCCUUCAAAACUCGUUGAAGAAAAAGUAGCCGAGGGGAAACUCGGGCGCAAGACCGGCGAAGGAUUUUACAAGUAUAAUAAGUAG